ACAUUUCACGCGCUGGGAAUUCCUUUAUCGGUCAGAUAGCGAAUAAAACAGGAGAACUUUAAAUGUGUUACAAACCCGAGAAAGUUUAAGGUGUUGCUGUCCCUAUUUUCGACAAAAGAUGGAAAACCAACUUUUUUACAGAUAAAAACUAUUUGGACGAUAUCAAUCAUUGCCGCUCCGUUGACGUUACAACAACCUUGAGCUACUGGCUUUCCGAUUUACAGAUUUCGCCAAAAUGUGGUGGUUCCUAAUAAUCAUGACGGUGGCUGCAACCAUCAUAUUUAUCAGACUCAAGCAAAAAAACAAAUACUGGAUUAGAAAAGGAGUCAAACAAGGUUCGCCUGUACCUUUGUUUGGGGACAAAUGGAGAGCAAUUGCACACAAUCAGUCUUUGGCAGAUAUGGUUCAAAAAAUUUAUAACGUUGGUGAGGAUGAUAGAUAUUGCGGUGCUUACGAUUUCAUGUCCCCUGCUCUCGUGCUUAAAGAUCCUGAUCUGAUCAAAAAUAUUUUGGUCAAAGAUUUUGACCACUUUGUAGAUCAUAAAAGAGUCAUACCUGAGGGAAGCGAUCCGAUUUGGGACAGAAACCUAUUUUUCUUAACCGGCCAAAAAUGGCGCGACAUGCGAUCUGCGCUUAGCCCCGUUUUUACAGGAUCAAAAAUGAGACAUAUGUUUGUGUUAAUAACUAAAAGUGCGGAACAAUUUGUUGAACACUUUGUGAAACAAAAUAAACAAGUUCAUGCAAUAGAAUUGAAAGACACUUUUGCCAGAUUAACGAACGAUAUUAUUGCGACCACAGUUUUUGGCUUUCAAAGUGAUUCAUUGGAAGAUCGUGAUAGUAAAUUUUAUGAGAUGGCAAAAAGAAUUACUGAUUUUACUGGUUUUUGGCAAGGAAUUAAACUACUAGGAUUUUUUAUUUUUCCAAAACUAUAUAAAACACUCAACAUAAAAAUUUUGUCAGAGCAAAUAUCCAAUUUUUUCUACCGCAUAGUUAAGGAAAACAUAAAGACCAGAACAGAGCAGAACAUAAAUAGACCAGAUAUGAUAAGUUUACUGAUGGAAGCUAGAGAAAAUCAUAAACUAAUCCACGGUGUUAAAAUUACCGAUGAAGAUAUUACCGCACAAGCACUUGUCUUCUUCUUUGCUGGUUUUGAUUCCGUAUCCUCUUUAAUGUGUUUUAUGUCAUACGAGUUAGCUACAAAUCCAGACAUACAGGAACGUCUGAUACAAGAAAUUGAUAAAACGUCUGAACUGUGUGAUCGUAAAUUAGAUUAUGAGGCUGUCAAAAGCAUGAAAUAUUUAGACAUGGUGGUAUCAGAAGCUCUAAGGAAGUGGCCAAUAACUCCUUUUGUAAAUAGGAUUUGUACUAUUCCUUACACAAUCGAACCCAAACGCCCUAAUGAACAACCCAUUCACUUGGAAAAAGAUGCUAUUGUAUUUUUACCAAUUUAUGGUCUUCAUCAUGAUCCUAAACAUUUUCCUAAUCCUGAUCGUUUUGAUCCUGAACGAUUCAGUGAAGAAAACAAACCCAAUAUAACACCCUAUACUUACGUACCAUUUGGAGCAGGUCCACGAAAGUGUAUUGGUUACAGAUUUGCUCUUCUUGAAAUUAAAGUAUUGUUUUUUUACCUAUUGUCUAAAUUCGAAAUUGUUGUCACUGAAAGAACAGAGAUCCCUGUAAAAAUUUGUAAAAAAUCCUUAAAUAUGACUCCGGAUGGUGGACUGUGGGUUGCCCUAAAACGACGAAAUUAAGUAAUGACUAAAUUAAUGAACAUAAUUAUUUUUGUAUGUUAUAAUUAUUAUCUAAUAAAUUACUAUACAUAGUA